AUCUCUGAGCGAUAUAGCCACUCUGUCCGAUUCAUAAGCGCAAGGUCUCUUCAGAAUGUAAACAAUUAAAUGGUAGCUAGCUAACUUAGGCACCCUUGAAAAAUGUGCAAUGCAAGAACCCAUCACAUCAGUUUGGUAUCUAGUAUUGUCAGUCGGAUGCUCAAAAACGAUCUAUCAAUUUCGUAGUUAGUUUGAUUGUAUUUGGUUAAUCUGUCACCAUGACACGAGAUUUAGUGAUUGGAGAUGAACUACCAGACUGGGUCGGAGCCAAGGAGUUCUACCAGAAAUACGACCCAAAAGAGGUGAUUGGCAGAGGUGUGAGUAGUGUGGUGCGCAGAUGUAUGCACAAGCACACGGGGCAGGAGCUGGCCGUGAAGAUUAUAGAGAUCACAGCUGAGAAGAUGACAGUGCAGCAGUUAGAGGAGGUGAAGAGCUCCACACUGAAGGAGAUCCAGGUCCUCAACAUGGUCAAAGGGCACUCCUCUAUUAUCACUCUCAUUGAUUCCUAUGAGUCGACAACCUUCAUAUUUUUGGUGUUUGACCUCAUGAGGAGAGGAGAGCUAUUCGACUACCUGACAGAAAAGGUCACUCUCAGUGAGAAGGAAACUAGGUCUAUGAUGCGAUGUCUCCUGGAAGCUGUCCAGUACCUCCAUUCCCUCAACAUAGUUCACCGUGACUUGAAACCUGAAAACAUUCUCCUUGAUGACCAGGGACACAUCAAACUGUCUGACUUUGGCUUUUCGGUCCAGCUUCAGCCAGGGGAGAAUCUGAGAGAGCUUUGUGGGACGCCGGGUUAUUUGGCUCCCGAAAUCCUGAAAUGCUCCAUGGAUGAGACGCACCCAGGGUACGGGAAGGAAGUGGACCUCUGGGCGUGUGGGGUGAUACUGUUCACCCUUUUGGCCGGCUCUCCCCCCUUCUGGCACCGCAAACAGCUUCUGAUGCUGCGGAUGAUCAUGGAGGGUCGCUACCACUUCAGUUCUCCUGAGUGGGACGACCGGUCAGACACCGUCAAAGACCUGAUUACCAGGUUGCUGGUGGUGGACCCAGAAGUCCGUCUCACGGCAGAGCAGGCCUUGGCUCAUUCCUUUUUUAGGGAGUACCAAAAGGACAAGGUGCGCCACUUCAGUCCCCGGAAGACCUUCAGGGUACUGAUCCUCAGUGUGUUGGCGUGUAUUCGAAUGUACUGUCGCUACCGCAGGGCAAGGCCACUGACGCGUGAGGUCCUGGCCAGAGACCCUUACUCCCUGAAGGGAGUGCGCAAGCUCAUCGAUGGCUGUGCCUUCAGGAUCUACGGACACUGGGUUAAAAAAGGCGAGCAGCAAAACAGGGCUGCCCUUUUCCAGAACACAGCUAAAAUAAUGCUUCUUGGUUUAGAGGACUUUGAAACCUGAAGGUCAUACUUGUAUUAACCUCAUUAUACUUAUGUCAUUUAAUAGGUGUGACAAUGUUGCUAUUAUUUUCCAUAUUGAUGUUUGGUCUCGGUACAUAAGCUGUUGUGUUUACUGCUGAUUACAUUGAAUCAGGGGCCAGUGACGUUAUCCAUAAUGCAGAUAAUGGGGAUAGUGACGUUAUCCGUAAUGCAGGUAAUGGCUCAUUAUUAUUUAUGGUUAAGUGGAUUUGAGAUCUAUGUGGGUCUGGAGUGACUACUCAAAUCAGCUGGCACUUUAGCAUGCAAAAAUGACAAAGCCAGUUCAAUGCACUUAUACUGUGGCCCACAGGUCAAAAGAGAUACAUAUCCAUACUGCUGGUUAAUGAUUGAAUGUCUCUUAACAUUUAAGUCCGGUUAAGUAUUUUGUCAUUCUUUAAUAAGACUUUCUGAGUUAACAUGACAUUGUUUUUUUUACUAUGUUUACUUUUAGUUGGUACCGUAACCUGUGUUUUAGCAAUUACACAUUCUAACAGAUUAUAAAUAUAACAGUGGGAAGUUAGCGAUUGUCAGACAAUACAUAGCUUCCCACUGGUAUUCUGUUAAAGGGUAUAGGAAAAGAUGCAAUCAUUGUAUAUUCUCUGUUGGAUUUGAGUUCCUCACAAUCUGCGUUUAGUGUGUCGUGCAAUACAAUAACUAUUGUAAUAACAUUCCUUUUCAUUCCAAUGUGAGAUUUACACAAUUAGUUAAUUUCCUUUGCUUGAAUUAAUCUGACAUGACUCAAGUCUUGUACAAUAACUGUACAAAAAUAAAAGCCAGUAUGACAAGGUUAUAUUGAUAAUAAUAAAAAUGAUCCAUUUCCCCUUA